CUAAACCAGUUCGCAUCCCCAAAGUAUCCCCAAAAAGCAUAGAUUAGGGAAAGAUGCAAGGAGCUAGACUGUCGUUUUUGUCGUUUUUGUCGUUUGUGACCAUCCUAGAAAACCAACCACCCCACUGUCUUAACUGCACCUCCUCGGUCUUGUGAAGUAUACCGUCCCAUAAACACCGGGGGGUCGCUAUUCGGCGAACCGAGUUCGACGCUACUGUGCUGUGCCCUUUACGUAUUUAUUGUCUUGGUCGCAACGCUUCUCCUAGUCCUUCUCUAGUUGAUGUUGUUACUCUUCUUAACUAGUAACCAACUCUCUUCUCAAGUUCUUCUUACACCCUUGCACUUCUAGACUUGACCAGAGACAUAGUCUGCGAUGGCCUCUGUGAGACAGUUUCCCACCAUCAAGGCCGUGAGGUCCUAUGUGAUUGGAGGUGUUGGUUCAGGUGGUGACUAUCACAAUGUCAAGGGUGGCCAUUGGCUAAUCGACACCGAUAUCUCGACACCUUGUUCUAUCUGGGACCAGUAUAAAAAAUCGCGAACGAGCUGGGGCAUCAAUGUUCUCGGAUCAUUCCUCAUCGAGAUCGAGGCAAGCGAUGGCACUGUAGGCUUCGCGACGGGCUUUGGCGGCCCGCCGGCUUGCUGGAUUGUUCACAAACACUUCGAACGGUUCUUGAUCGGCGCCGACCCCAGAAAUACCAACCUGCUGUUCGAACAGAUGUACCGGGCUUCAAUGUUCUACGGCCGUAAAGGGUUACCGACUGCUAUCAUCUCUGUCAUUGAUUUGGCUAUAUGGGACCUGCUCGGUAAGCUAAGAAACGAGCCCGUCUAUAGGCUUAUUGGUGGAGCCGCGAGAGAGCGGAUAGACUUUUACUGCACGGGACCAGAGCCCACGGCAGCUAAGGCUAUGGGAUUCUGGGGCGCCAAGGUCCCUCUCCCAUACUGUCCAGCCGACGGCCACGAAGGCAUGAGGAAGAAUGUCGAGUUUCUUCGCAAGCACCGCGAGAGUGUGGGGCCGGACUUCCCUAUCAUGGUGGAUUGCUACAUGAGCUUAAAUGUGUCGUACACUAUCGAAAUCGCAAAGAGAUGCGAGAAUCUAGAUAUCCACUGGUGGGAGGAGUGCUUGAGUCCCGAUGAUACGGAUGGCUUCGAACAGAUUAAGCGAGCUCACCCGACCCUCAAGUUCACGACGGGAGAGCAUGAAUACUCGAGGUACGGGUUCCGCAAGCUGAUCGAGGGGCGCAAUCUUGACAUCAUCCAACCGGAUGUCAUGUGGCUAGGGGGCCUGACGGAGCUCCUCAAAGUCUCCGCUAUGGCUGCGGCAUACGAUAUCCCGGUGGUGCCCCAUGCGAGCGGACCAUACAGCUAUCACUUUGUCAUCUCACAACCAAACACUCCUUUCCAGGAGUAUCUAGCCAACUCACCAGACGGAAAGAGUGUGUUUCCCGUGUUUGGCGAUCUCUUCGUCGACGAGCCUAUCCCGACUAAAGGGUACUUGACCACCGCCGAUCUCGACAAGCCAGGGUUCGGUUUGACGUUGAACCCCGCAGCGCGAUCGAAGCUGAUCUCGUCGGACUACCUAUUGAACCCGCCACCUACGAGCCUCUUGCAAAACGCGACAGGGUUGCCGGAUUCGAAACAAGUGAACGGCACGGAGAAGGCUAACCUAGCAGCACAGUAGCCCAUAGUCCAUCUGACUGAGGGCGCCAAGAACAUGGCAACAAAUGCCUGGAGGGAAAGAAUGCUUGAGAAGCAAAUGAUCAAAAUACCUUCAAGUGGUGCCAAACCCAGAAGGCGUUUCGAUACUCAGAAUGCAGAACUCGGAACUCAGAGCUAGGAGGGAUGGAGUGAAUAGGCAACCGGCAGUUUGACAGACACUGAGCUGAGAUCUCGGGGA